AUGAGGGGCCGUGGUGGAUGGUCCCCCUGUCUUGGAGCCCUGGGUGGACAAAGGAGCUUCCGGAAAGAGAGGAGGAGGAUGGCCAGUGGGAAUGGGCUCCCUUCAUCCUCGGCCCUGGUGGCCAAGCGCCCCUCCGCCCUGGGCCCAUUCCCCAGAUACAUCUGGAUCCACCACGACACACCCCAAGACAGCCUAGACAAGACUUGCCACGAAAUCUGGAAGAGAGUUCAAGGCCUGCCCGAGGCCUUGCAGCCCAGGACCUCAAAGGAACAGCUGUCUGCCCCCAUGACUGGGACCCCAAGAGACAACGGGCUCGGCUUCCAAGAAGAAGCUCUGGAGCUCAGCCGUGAUAAAGAUGAGAUCUCCCUGUUGGUGGAGCAGGAGUUCUUAAGCCUGACCAAAGAGCACCUCAUUUUGGUCACAGAGAGCUCGGAGGAGCUGGAGGCCCCCGGCACCUCUCUCGAGGGACCCAGACAGCUGGCUCCCUGCCUUCUCAUACCUCCUCCGGUGGCGGACAGCAGUGAGUACCCGGGGACCUCCAUCAUUGCUGGUGAUACGCUUCUUGAGCCGAAGGUGGCCAUGUCUGUCAUCAGCAGCCGGCCGGACUGUGAUUCUGUCAUGUCUACUGUCACGGGAAUUCUGCGUGCUGCUAAGGUCAAGAGUGUCAAGGGGACAGAAGAUGGGGGCCACAGCCUGGGUGCCUCUAACUCAGAGACCGGCAAGCUCCUGGCUCAGUUCCCAUUCAAGUCCACAGAAACGUCCAAGGCUCCUGACAACAAGAUGGUGUUGGAGGAGACAAGGGUCAUCAAGGACUUCUUGCAGAACAGCAUGUUCGGUGGCCCAGGACCCAGGGAGCCCAUGGGGCUGGGCCCAUUCCUACUGCUACCGCCUCCUCCUCUGUCUGCACCUCCUGAGAAGCUCCCUGAGCUCCCUCCUCAGAAGAGGCAGCUCCCAGUGUUUGCGAAGAUCUGCUCCAAGCCCGAGGCUGACUCUGCUAUGGAGGGGCACCUCUUGAUGGAAUGGAACCCUAGCACCAAGGAUCCAACCAAGGGUCGAGAGAGCCUCUUUCUCAGUCAGUGGCCCCAGAGCCAGAAGGACACCGGUGGUGAGGAGAGUUGCAGUGACCCAAUAGGCUCCAUGUCCAUGGCCCUGCCAUCCACGAAGUCUGUAUGGCCAGCCGAGAAGAACCUGCUCUAUGAGUUUCUUGGGGCCACCAAAAACUCCAGUGGGCAGCUGAAGCUUCGCAGCAAAAUGGAGGUGGACGGGCUGGAGCUGAAAUUUAACCCACCUGUGACGGUGGCCGACAAGAACAACCUCAAGUACACAGGGAAUGUAUUCACCCCACGCUUUGCCACGGCCUGGACCUCAGCAACCUUGAACCAGCCACUGUGGCUCAACCUCAACUAUCCACCUCCGCCCGUGUUCACAAAUCACUCCACCUUCCCACAGUAUCAGGGCCUGUAUCCACAGCGUGCAGCCAGGAUGCCCUAUCAGCAGGCCCUGCACCCCCAGCUGGGCUGUUAUUCCCGACAGGUGACACCGUACAAUCCACAGCAGAUGGGACAGCAGAUUUUCCGCUCUUCCUACACCCCCCUGCUGGGCUACAUCCCCUUUGUGCAGCCCAGCUAUCCAUACCCUCAGAGGACACCUCCAAAGCUCUCCGCCAAUCCCCGAGACCCUUCCCCCAUGGCAGGAGACGGGCCGCAGUACCUCGUCCCCCAGGCGUACGGGUUUGGCUCGACGGCUGGUGGGCCCUUGAUGAAUAGCCCCUAUUUUUCCUCCAGUGGGAAUGGCAUAAAUUUUUAG